UACAAAGCCAAAUGCACUUACCAUUUGCCCUUUGUGCUUUAAAAUUUUGGCGCUUUCUGUCCUUUUUUCAACUCCAUGUCCCAUGAAGUAAAGUUAAGGCAAGAAUAAAAGCAAAGUAGUAGGCACAAAGAUAGUACUACAAUAUUAUUCCUGACUUGAAGAUCCAAGACAGAUAUUCUCCCUCCCUCCCUCCCUCCUCUCAUUUGCAAAAAAUGGAAUAUGUAUGUAGCCCACUUGGUUGGGAAUUCUACCACCAGGAAGAGGGGUUAGAGGACUUGAGACAUUCUCUUCUGUACACAACCUUGGAGCUAGAGGCAACAAUUGCAUCAGCUAAGGAGGAGAUUACAAGAAGAGAAUGUGAAUUGAUUCGUGUGAAUGACCUCUUAAGCAGGGUCAUGAAGGAGAGAGAUGAGGCACAAGAAAAAUGCCAGAAGCUAAUGCUGGAAAAACUAGAGCUCCAACAAGAACUUCAGCAUAAGCAACAACUAGAACAGAAUCAGCACCAACACCAACACCAACUUGUUCAAAAACAUCAAAGAGACACCAUAUCACAAAGUGAAGAGGAGCUGCAAGAAGGGUUAUCUGAAAAGCAUUCUGCUUCUUCUGACUGUGAAGAAAACAGCAGCAUGCCCUCUUCUGGUGGAAGUUCAACCCCACAUCAUACAACACCACUGCAGGUGGUACUGGAGUUGGCAGAAAAGAAACCAUUGCCUGAAAAAGGGAAACUCUUAAAGGCAGUGGUGGAAGCUGGACCACUGCUUCAGACCCUUCUCUUAGCAGGACCACUCCCACAGUGGCAGCACCCUCCUCCACAACUCAACUCCGUUGAGAUCCCCCCAGUGGCCAUUUCACCCCAAAACUCUUCUUCUACCAAAAGUGCUUCUUUCCCUUUCAAUAAGAAGAGGGACCUUCUUGUCCUCUCUCCAGGUACCGGUUGCCCAGUUUCAAAGAAUAGAAAGGUCAUUCAGCACAUGCCAACACCUACCACUACCACUGCUUCUGCUUCACAUCAUUCCCUACCACACCCAUCAUUUUCAUAAUGUUUUCUUCUGCAGCAAAGCAAAUCACAGAGAAACAGGUGGCACCACUAUGCAUCACCUCAUCUUUGUCCACUUAUCAACAAACUCUGACCUACUUUUCUAUGCUGGAGAAAAAAAAAAGACUUGAUUUUUAGCGUUUAAUGUUUUCUUUCCCUUUUUUAUUAUGUAUAUAUAAGGUCCAAUUGGGGGUUAAUUUCUCACAAAAAUUGACGGGAAUUAAGUAACCUUGUCCAAGUAAGUUAUGACACAAUUUUGUACUUCGUUAGAUAUUAGAGGGGGUGAUGUAAUGUAACCUUGCUUCAAAUGGCUUAGUUUUAAUUAAAAGGCUAUUGUUGUGCUCA